CAUAAAUGAGCACGAUAGAGAAAGCAGUGAAGGUGUAAACUGUGAAGUGAAGGAAGAUCGCAGACGAAAGAAGAGAGGAAAUCGCAGGGAAGGCGAAGAAAACGAGAGAUGGGAGUGGAGAAGCAAAUCCUCAGGCCUGGAACCGGUCCCAAACCAGUUGCUGGCCAGAGCGUUACUGUUCAUUGCACUGGUUACGGAAAAAACAAUGACCUUUCUAAGAAAUUUUGGAGCACAAAGGAUCCUGGGCAGCAGCCUUUCACAUUUAAGAUUGGCCAAGGUUCUGUUAUAAAAGGAUGGGAUGAAGGUGUGAUGGGUAUGCAAGUUGGUGAAGUUGCUCGUCUGCGGUGCUCUCCUGAUUAUGCUUAUGGUCCUCAAGGUUUUCCUGCUUGGGGGAUUAUGCCAAACUCUGUCUUGGAAUUUGAAAUUGAAGUCCUGAGAGCGCAGUGAUACAUUGUUCUAGUAAUUUGGUGUUUUAUCAUGGACAAGUCUACAUGAUGGCUGUGUUGUUUAACUUAAUGUAUUUUGAGUUCUUUUAGAUCUUACCGGAUACUUUUGUUUCAUUGUACUUAAUAAAUAUAUAAAUAUUUAUCCAUGGUUGCUUGAUAUAA